GGUGCUAAUUGCUGCAGUCGCAUAUCUAAAGGCUCGUCAGCGAGAAAAUAUGAAUCAGCUCAUCACCCUUUUCUCCCGGGUUGCCAGCAGAACUAGCAGUUGCAGAAGACCACAAUGUCGAAUUCUAUCGCAGCCGUAUCUCGGAUAGCCUUCUUGGCGUCCGACGUGCUCGUAGAUUCACAGCCUGCAUUUCCUGCGACCUCGCAGUUCUCAAGACACUUCCAGUCUUUCACGGAGACAACAGGUCGCCAGCCACUGACGUUCUCAGUACCUUUAGCCGGUGACCCAGCUUCGACCAUCCUCCGAAACGGGUCUACCGUACCAUUGGUCUCAUUUACCGCUUCGGUCACGUCCCAUACAGCUGUCCGGCUCGUGCUCCAUGCCACAGAAUUAUCUUCGUUACCUGUUGUUCUGCACAUCGCAGUGACCGACGACCUUUCCGAUGUGAUCUUGCUUCGAUCUGCCAUACCUUUCUUCUUGGUGUCGUACACUGCUCAACAAGCGCAUGACAACGCUCUGCUGGCUUCUCGGAUCGCACGCGUGGAGAGAAAGGCAGUAGUUCACGCAUUUUAUGAGCACAACGGCGAUGUGUCGGACGUGACUCCGGAAGGUGACAUAUGGCGAUUGCUCCACUCCGAAAAGCUCGCACCAGGCGCAAGUUUCUCACCAGAAAGUGGAACAAACGGCUACACUGACCAUGCAGCCGUGAGGAACGGAGUUAAUGGCGCCAACGGCAACCACAGCCCAAGUGGUACUGAAAGCCCCACGGACACCGGCGUCCCGAACGGAGUCGCUAACGGCUCCGGUGAUGUCGCGAACGGUCCCUCGCAUGCCAAUGACAACCUUUAUGAGGUUUACGGAGCAGCUGUACUCUCGACGGUUUCUUGUACUCGUCGCACUUGCCGUCCGUUCACAUUCCGUGGAGUAGAUAACCCACACACUGUCGCCUUCGUCCUCGGUAGCCUGCCACAUGGCCUUGAAAUUGACGGUGUUGCCUUCGUCUCCAUCGGUCUUCUGACUCCUUUGCUACCGUCUAAAGUACUCCACGUAGUCCCUCCGUCCGCAUCUCGUGUCGUCCUGCUUGAACAGCUUCGCCGUUCAAAUACAAAAUGGACUUCCCUUUUCUUAGACAUCGUCACCAUUCUACAGGAGCGCCAAGCUAGCCACCGGAUACUUGUGCAAAGUAUCUGGUUUGCAGAUCCAGAACAAAUCAACGCUGCCAGCCUACUCAAGCUACUCAUUGCGACAUCGAAUUUGAAGAGUGCUUCGCCUCUGCAGCUUGGAGGCGACGCCCCCUCGGGGCCUCUCGUGAAAGUACCUCACGUACUUAAACAUGAGGUCUCGUACACCAAGAUACUUUCCUACGUUUUUGGCGAUCACCUAGAAAUCUCCAACUCCCCAUCACUCGUGCCGACCCAGGGUGCGAUCGCAACCAGCCCCGAAUUUGCUCUAGGGCGUGCGAGGGGACAGUUGGAGCAGCGCGCGCAGCUCAUCAGCUCCAUACAGGCUUUGAUGGAGGUGGAAGGUAUUAGCCCCGAACUGCACAAAAGUCUCGGUCAGUGGCUUCUUGUGAAAGAUGAUCGUGCCAAGAGCCGCACAGUCGGUGACCAGGUCGUCGCUGCGCUCAAGUCGACGAGCGUCCGGAACACGCACGUCAACUGCGUGCUCGCUUUGCAAGCUCAUCUGCCCGCCCGGUCCAGGUGGAUUAUCGGCUCGGAUGCCUGGUCUUAUGAUCUGGGCUCCUCUGGCCUGCACCAUGCCAUUGCAUCCGGUCUUGACAUUAACAUCCUCAUUCUCGACAGUGUUCCCUACUCUGCCCGUCAUUCUGCCGACCCUCACCGUCGCAAGCAGGAUGCUGGUCUCUAUGCGAUGAAUCAUGGCGAUGUCUACGUCGCCAGCGUCGCCGUGUACUCUUCCUACGCUCAUGUACUUCAAGCCAUAACGGAGGCUGACAGGCACAAAGGUCCAAGCGUCGUACUCGCCUACUUACCAUAUCAGUCAGAGAACACCCCAGCUCUCGACGUACUGAAGGAGACUAAACUCGCCGUGGACUCGGGAUACUGGCCACUCUAUCGCUGGGAUCCCGUCAAGGAGGCUCGCGGGCAGGAGCCGUUCACGCUCGAUUCUGACUCUGUGAAGAACGACCUUCAGCAAUUCCUCGAUAGGCAGAAUCACCUGUCCCAGUUAGUUCGUUCGAAACCUCAGCUAGCUACGGAGCUGGUGAGUAGUUUGGGAGAGAGCGUGAAAGAGGCUCGUAGAAAGCGGGCGGCAGAAGCGUAUAGCGAUCUACUUGUUGCACUUGACGCCCCACCAUUAGCCAUCCUUUAUGCCUCUGACGGUGGCACUGCGGAGAAGUACGCCAAGAAACUGAUGAAUCGGGCCAAGGCGAGGGGUUUGUCGGCGAGCAUCGGUACGAUGGACUCGAUGUCUAUCGAGACCCUUGCCAACGAAGAGUAUGUGGCAUUCGUGACUUCCACUGCCGGACAGGGCGAGCCCCCGCAGAACGGAAGAACGCUCUUCAAGGCAUUCAACACCGCCGUUGGACGUGGAGACAAACCAUUCUCGAAGUUGCGCUACGCUGUCUUUGCACUGGGUGACAGCCACUACUGGCCUCGACCGGAGGAUGCGCACUUCUACAACAGACCCGGUAAAGAGCUUGACUUGCGUCUGGAACAGUUGGGCGGUGAGCGUUUUGCGGCCCUCGGCCUCGGCAAUGACCAGGACGCGGACGGGCCCGAGACUGGUUACAGAGUAUGGGAACCGUUGUUGUGGAAAGCCCUUGGUGUCGAUAGCAUCGAGGUGAAGGAGGCCGAGCCCGAGCCGAUCACGAACGAGCACAUUAAGGCAGCAUCCGGAUACUUGCGUGGCACCAUUGUUGAAGGUCUUCAAGACACGAGCACUGGUGCUCUCGCUCCCACCGACACACAGCUUACCAAAUUUCACGGUAUCUACCAACAAGAUGAUCGUGACAUCCGUGACGAACGCCAAGCACAAGGGGUUGAACCCGCUUACAGUUUCAUGAUUCGAGUGCGCAUGCCGGGAGGUGUCUGCACGCCCAAGCAAUGGUUACAGAUGGACCGCAUAGCCGACGAGCAUGGUAAUGGAACUUUCAAGAUUACUACGCGCUCGACAUUCCAAUUCCAUGGUGUCAUUAAACGCCAUCUGAAACCCAGCAUCCAGAGUAUUAACAAAGUCCUCCUUGAUACACUGGCCGCUUGUGGUGAUGUCAAUCGAAACGUCAUUUGUUCUGCCAUACCCUCCAAGUCCAAACUACACGCUCGUGUCUACGAGUUUUCGAAGUUGGUUAGCAACCACUUACUCCCCCGAACGACCGCGUACCAUGAGAUCUGGCUUGACAACAAAAUGGUCGCCGGUGAAGCAGUCAAAGACUUCGAGCCGUUGUACGGAGAAUUCUACCUCCCUCGCAAAUUCAAAAUUGCCGUUGCAGUUCCGCCGACGAACGAUGUCGACAUCUUCGCGAAUGAUCUUGGUUUUAUUGCUAUCGUAGACAAAAACGGGGAGUUGGCUGGCUUCAACGUAACUAUCGGCGGUGGAAUGGGCGUCACGCACGGCAACAAGAAAACCUACCCUCGAGUUGCGGACGUGAUUGGUUUCUGCACUGUCGAGCAGGGUCCUCUGGUGGCCGAGAAGGUCAUGUUGACCCAGCGAGAUUUCGGUAAUCGCGUGGACCGCAAGAAUGCCAGGUUGAAAUACACCGUUGAUCGUAUGGGUCUUGAUGUCUUCAAGGCUGAAGUGGAGUCCCGUCUUGGCUAUAAGUUCGAUCCUGCGCGUCCCUUCACUUUUGAUCGCAACGUCGAUGACUUCGGGUGGACUGUUGGUGAAGAUGGAAAACAUCAUGUGACAUUGUUCAUUGAGAACGGCCGUGUCCAAGACGAGCCUGGACAAGACUUUAAGAAGGGCCUACGCGAAAUUGCCAAGAUACACAAGGGCACUUUCAGACUCACUGCGAACCAACAUAUCAUUAUCUCAGAUAUUGACACGGACGAUGUUCCUCAGAUUAAGAGACUCCUUGCUGAGUACAAGCUGGACAACCUUAAUUUUACGGGAUUACGACUCUCUUCGUCCGCUUGUGUAGCAUUCCCGACAUGUGGUCUCGCGAUGGCGGAAUCUGAACGCUACUUACCGCUCCUCGUCGAUAAAGUGGAAAAGAUAUGCGAGGAGUAUGGCUUACGUAACGACUCCAUAGUCAUGCGUAUGACAGGUUGCCCGAAUGGAUGCGCACGCCCAUACGUUGCCGAGGUCGCUUUCGUGGGCAAAGCACCCGGCAGCUACCUCAUGCUCCUUGGCGGAGGCUAUUACGGUCAGCGACUAAACAAAAUAUACCGAGAAAGCGUCAGCGAGCCGGAGAUUCUGGCUAUCCUGAGACCUAUGAUUAAGCGUUACGCCCUCGAGCGACUGCAAGGCGAGCAUUUUGGAGACUUCGUUAUUCGGGCUGGAUACAUUGCGCCAACUACGGAAGGGAAGAACUGGUAUGAUAGAAUGGGUGGCGAGGGAAAACACCGUGAAGUGGCUGCUCAGUAAUUUCGUUUGCAUAUACCGACAGUAAACGAUUUAGAUUAUCUUUUAUGGAUCUUUUUAUGAAUGUUCCAUUGCAAUGACUUCGUAAUUCAGUUGUGUUCUUUGUAAUUUGUUAUGAAA